AUGUCCUCGAAGUUCAUGAAGAGCGCCUUCGUAGGGUGGACCUUCACUGCUGGCGUCUACUACCCACCUGACUUCGAUGCCUCGAAGUUGAUGCCCGUGAAGGCUUUGAAGCCCAAAGGGCCGCAGAUGAUGAACAUCCGAAUGAUGUUCCCAUUCACUAUGGUCUGUGACUCCUGCAAGGAGUACAACUACACAGGUACGAAGUUCACGGCCAAGGUUGAACAGAUCAAGCGCGAGAGCUACCUCGGGCUGAAGGUGUACCGGUUCUAUGGCAGAUGCAGACACUGUUGGUCCGAAUUCACCUUCAAAACAGAUCCGAAGAACUCCGACUACACGAUGGAGUCCGGUGGCAAGCGCACCUACGAGGCAUGGAAGGAUGCAGAUGCCAUGGAGUCCCAACUCAAGCAGGAGAAGGAGAAGGAGGCAGCGCAGGAUCAGAUGAAGGCGCUGGAGCAGAAAGCAGUGGACGUCCAGUCAGAGAUGCAACGGCUCGAGGAUCUGGACGCCAUCCGGACGAUGAACAAGAGAAUGGGCAAUCGAGACCAAAGCAUCCAGGGGGCUUUGGACUACAUCUUCAAGCAGGAAGAGGCACGAAGUGCAGACGAGGAGAAGCUGUCGAAGGCCGAAAUGGAGGAGUUGAAGGGCUUCAAGGAGGAGAAAGAGCGCUUCAAAGAAGAGAAAGAGCAG